AUGGCGCCUGAGGCCCCUGCGGACACCGCAGGCCCAUCCUCCCCACCACCCCAACUUCCAGAAGGCUGGCUCCCUCAAUGGGAAGGUGUCGGACGGAAAUGGUAUUACGUACAGCGGACGACUGGGAAGUCGCAAUGGGAGAUUCCGACCGAACCGAUCGUUUUGACCCCGUCAACAACACCGACGCCGAGCGGGGCAGGGCUAUCGCAGGAGCCAAAAUCGUAUCCGACAAGCAACAAUACUCGAGAGUUGGAGUCCACGGACAGAAUGGCGGGCGAGAUGUACUCUGCGGCCGACAGUGCGAAAAUUUCCGUAGGGAAUCGCGCUCAUUAUGUCUGCACGGGUCAACACUUGCCCGGCAGAUAUGAGCAGCAGAUGGCUGCAAACGCAGCCGGAUAUGGCCCGAAUCCGUUGCACCAGGGUCCUGUUGGACAUUUGAAUGGUGUUCAGCCGGCGUUCUAUGGAAGCCAAACACAUCCAGGUUAUCAAAUCACGGGUCCACACCACAUAGGCCAAAGUAUCUCCUCAUCAAUGUGGGGUAAUAAUUCAGGUACCUAUCAGGGAAACCCAGGCAGUUAUAACAUGACACAACAUGCACAAUCCUUCCAAGGAUUCUCUGCUGAUCCUGUUGGAUUGCAUAAUCACCAGCCACCAGCAUCCUGGACAAUAACCAGCAAUCCACAGGGGGAAAUGGCAAGGUCAAUUGGCGGAGCUUCCGAUUCCCAACCACAGUGGCAAUUGGAACCACAGCAAGGUCAUUUGAAUGGCUCUGGUGAGGGUGUCCCGAUGAACCUACACCCAUCAAACAUGACUAAGCCCUUCUUUGGGUCUUACUCAUCGAACCAGCAUGCGGAGCCGUCUUCGAGAGAAUUCGCUCGUCGUGUCUCGAAUCCUUCUCUUGUUCAGGAAGGCCAACCCUACCAAACUUCCGCGGAGAACUUCCACAACCAUUCACCGCACUCCAUGGUUGAACAAGUACCUGGGAUCACGAAAGAGACAAGAAGCCAUUAUAGCCGUUCAUUCUCCGCUGGAUUAUGCCGCAAUUGCCAAGGCGAUGGGACAGGUACAGGCGACAGCACUGCCGCUGUGAAGAAGCACGUCUACACUCUAAAAGCCCGCCAGCGAGCAAUCUCCGCACAAUCUCUUGCCAAGGCCAAGACCGACAAACCCACUGACUGUGGCGACAAGGGUACCAAAACCACCACCAAGCGCAAGAUUGACUCGCCCACAAAGUCUGAAGUUAACGCCAUUGUCGAGAAUCAGGACGAGGAUGGGUUUGAACCCAGCGCCAGCCCCAAUAAGCAGCGCAAGCUCUAA